AUGUCGGGUAUUGAAUCUGAAGAAACUUCGCAAGAAGUUGAUGAAUUGUUAGACGAAUAUAAUUCUCAAACUGAAGGUUCCCAAGCCAAUUCAAAAAAACAUAAGCGUCGUCGUAAAAUAAAUAGACAAUAUGCACUAUGCUGGAAAUAUUUUAAAAAAGUAGAAGAAAAAUCAGUAUGUGAUGUUAAAAUUAAAAAAAAUGGAAAAGAAAUGAAUGCUGGACGAUAUCCUACUAUAGUGUGUAUUCAUCUAUUAAUAGAGGCAAUGAAGAUUCAUUAUUCAAAAAAUAUAGAUAUUGAUGAAUAUGAUUAUAAUAAUGAAGGUCACCAAGAAACAUCUAAUUAUGAUUCAGAGUCUGAGUCAUCAAAUAAUGAAAAUGAAAAUGGUAUAUCCUUCGAUACUCAAGAAAAUCAGUCAGAAAAUCAGCCAGAAAAUGACCCUGAAUUAAUUGUAAAAAACAUACAAAAAAUAAUAUAUAACUCACUUUUUAAAUAUUGA